AUGGGAAGGGGGAGUAGCAGUCCAAUUGAUGUUGUGGAUCCAAGCUGGGAGUUGUAUGUCCUGAGAUCCAGAGGAAAACAGAUCAGCAGGGGGAAAUCUACAAUAUGUUGCUUGGUUUUACAGCUGUGUAUCGUUUUUACCAUUAUCCUGAUAUAUAGUUCUCGGUUGCGGAUUGGUCAGAUAUUGGUAUUGCCUCCUUAUCAACACAAGGGUUUUGGACGAUACCUUCUUGAGGUUUUCAAUGAUGUUGCAAUAUCUGAAAACGUCUAUGCCCUAACAGUUGAAGAACCAUUGAAUUACUUUCAACAUGUACGCACUUGUGUUGAUGUACUGCGCCUUCAUAAGUUCGAUCCAAUCAAGCAUGCAGUCAGCUCAGCAGUUUCACAACUAAAGCAAGGAAAAUUGUCGAAGAAGACACACUCCUCGACUCAUGCCAGACACUAG